UGCCCGUCGUCCAUGUUGUUCUUCGACACCAAUCGGAUUCAUGAGUGGAUUCUGAAAACGAACGGAUUUGUGUAUUCCCUCCACGUUGAUAGCCACGACCCCCUUCCAAACAGCUGAGGGGAUGACACCAUGUAGAAGGAAGUGUUUUUCGUUUUAUUUCAAAUGGGCUGUAAUGUAAGUAAGACGGUGCCUGAUGACCCGACGGCAACUCGGGUCGUUGUCCAGGUUUUUGAGCAAAAUGAGCGAAAUAAGGAAAACAGUCGUCAGAAUCCACACCAAAAACACUCUCACGCCCGUAACAACAGGGACCAACCGAAGGACCCCCGGGCUUCGGGGCCUCCGGCUGACGGGCAGAGGUCGAACCGAAAGGUGAAAAAAUACAGAGAUAAAUUUGAUGCUAGGGUGACAGCUAAAUAUGACAUCAAAGCAUUGAUAGGAAGGGGGAACUUCUCUAAAGUGGUGCGGGUGGAACAUAGGGUUACAAGACAACCCUAUGCCAUCAAAAUGAUUGACCGGGUUCAGGGCAAGGAGGUUUUCGAAGCAGAGGUCGCGGUCUUGCGCCGGGUUAAACAUUCACAUAUAAUACAACUUAUAGAAGUCUUUGAAACGAAGGAUAAAGUGUACAUGGUCAUGGAACUUGCAACAGGUGGUGAACUUUUUGACAGAAUCAUUGCGAAAGGGUCAUUUACAGAAAGGGAUGCUACUCAUGUGUUGAACAUGGUUUUGGAUGGUGUGAAAUACCUGCACGGUUUAGGUAUAACACAUAGAGAUCUCAAACCAGAAAACUUACUGUACUAUCAUCCGGGUCAUGAUUCUAAAAUCAUGAUCACAGACUUUGGAUUAAGUGCUACUAAGAAAGGUCCGGAUAAUUUCAUGAGAACUACAUGUGGUACCCCUGAAUAUAUAGCCCCAGAAAUCAUAGCCCGAAAACCUUAUACAUGCCAGGUUGACAUGUGGGCAGUAGGGGUCAUUACCUAUAUCCUGCUCAGUGGAACUAUGCCUUUCGAUGAUGAAAACAAAACACGUCUCUAUCGACUUAUCCUGAAGGCAAAAUACAGUUAUGCUGGAGAGCAUUGGAAGGAUGUAUCAGCUGCUGCAAAGGAUUUCAUUGACAAAUUACUGAUUGUGGACCCGAAUGUGCGAAUCGGGGCCAACCAGUCUAUGAACCACACAUGGCUAGUGACCAAUGCAGCUAGCUCUAGCAACAAGAACCUUCAUCGUACGAUAAGUCAGAACCUCAUACAUAGACAAUCCAUCCGUGCCAACAGUACGAAAAGUGCCAAAUCCACACGGUCAACUAAAAGCAAUAAGUCCAAUCGAUCUGGCCGCUCGUUACGGUCAGAACAUAGACGUGUUCAGCCAGAGGAAAUUGACGAGCUUCAUCGUGACCCAGAUGUACAGGCAGACCUGGCGUCAUUGGGCUGAGAUGCCCCCCUGGUCUACAUACUGGUAUCUGCAUUUGUAUGUUCCAUAACAUCGAACCUACUGCCAUGUCACAACGACAACUCCCCCUAAGGAGAGUUCUCGCUCAAUCUUUUACUUUUUGUCGCAUCCUCUGCCUUUGGAUAGACAGAAUUUGCGAGCCAAUGCAAGUAAAAGAGAAUUUACCUUUUCAGGAUCCACCGUUUGUUCAGAGUGUUUCAUGCCUGAUGGACUUUAUCUCGGGGAACUAUACAUAUUUGUUAUGUGGCUGGAGGCACACAAACUAUGAGGAUGUGUCUUCUCUCAUUGAAGGGUAUAGCCAACCAACGCCCCUCCCUCCACACUUAUUUCCUUCUUAGUGCAUGGUUGCCCUAAGGAGUAUUUAUCAUCCGUCCAGAAACACCUUAUCCCAUAUAUGGAUAUUUCCCAAAUCUGGACUUCGUUUAUAGAUACUAUCAGUGAUAUAUUGAACCAAGGUAACAUCUUGAGACAGUGCUGUUCCUUCAUGUCUGCCUUUUUCCUUACACCAACUAGCUAUUUCGUCAUGUUUCUAUACAUGCACAAAUAUAAUUUUCCCUUCCUUAAAGUUGUUGUAGCAGCCUCCCUGACACAAUGCUAACAUCAUUGGUCGUUGCUGUCAAGUCAUUCAUUUGACAUUCUGUGGAAUGUUGUAAACUAAGGAAAUAGAUAGAAAUCAAACAAUAGAUAUGUGACAGAUUUAAUUAGGGAUACUUUAAGAUGCACAACACUGAAAUUAUUCAGUCUUAUUAGGCCUUUUCUCUCUCUUAAUAUGUUGUAGUGUCUUCCCAUGGUUUUUGUAUUUUUGUAGCUGUGAUAUUUGUCUACAAAUAUUCAACUGUAGAUUUUGUUUUAUCCAACAAGUGCUUUAAAUGUGUGUUCAUUAACUUUUUUGUUCAGGUUCAUGAUAAUCUGAGGUAUUUGUAAAGAUAUGUAUCAAUGGUUGAUUGGCCAUCAUGUCCACUUAUCAAUACUAAAUUUCAUGCAUCAAUGUUGGGCAGAUCUUUUUUGUAUCUUGCACUUGUGAUAAAUCCUCACAAAUGAAUUUGUUAAAGAAACAUACAUAUCAAUUACUAUAGAGCAACAUUUUAAAGUCAUCUUCCAAAUAAUUGUUUCCGUCCAGUUCUUAUGAGAAGAAUAAGCUAAUGGUACCACCGUGUAGAAGGAUCGCCAUGGCGAUAGAUUGUGCCAAAUGUUUGUUGGUUACUGAGUAUUAUUGCUUUGUUAAUCUAGUCCGUGUUGCUAUGGUGUGAUCACCUGGUACACUCCCUACAAAGUGAAUACCAUUAUAUGGUGAAUUUACAUAUGUGAGCUGUUUCAUAAAUAUUGAAUUUUUUUUUAUCGAAAAGAUGUAUCUUUUUUUUUUAUUUCUGAACAAUUAGUGACCAAUUUUUUCUGGUAUUUGUUUGAUACCAUCAGUGAUGUAAAAGCCUUUUCCAUGACUGUACAUAUACUGACAGAAAUAUAAGAUAUAAAUGUAUUUGUAAUACAGGGUUACAUUUAUGUCCGAUAUAAAGGGUCUCACUCCACAUAAGCUAGAGGUCAAGUUAUAAUUACCAAUCAGGUUUUAUUCCAGUUGCCUCAUUAUAAGAAACAAGUGCUGUACAUUUUUUAAAAAGUUUUGUCCAUUUAAGUUAUGCCAAGUUUUUGUAAUAAUCAUUGCCUUUCUAGUUGUUUAUUAUGUUUUAUUUGUACUUCUCUGUGGAGACGUUACCAGUGCUUAUUGUUAUUGUCAUCAGUGUUUUUCUACAUUUGUUGAAUUCUUGUUAUGUACAAGUCAAUCCUUUUGUGUUUCAUUUUAUGGUCAUAGGUAAUUGUUUUGAUCAGUAGAGAAACAAAUUGUUUUGAUCAGUAGAGAAACAAAAAAUAAAAUAAAAUGUAUUGUCUUGACAGCAGUACUGUAUUGCUAGUUGGUUACAUGUCUCAGAAUCUUAACACAAGUGUAUAUACAGUAUUGUCAGGCUGAUUUGUCUAUAGACAUCAUGAGGGUUUUCAGCAGUUGAGUAUCUUUGGUGUCCCUAAGACAAUCGAGUGUCCACGAUUUCCCCAAUGUCUCCAGCAGUACAGUAUCAUUUGCAUCCUAGAAGUCUGUUACAUCCCAGACUCCUCAUCAGCACUUAAAUAUAUCUGGGGUAAAUUUGGGAGUUUAAUCAUUCAACUUUCAGGGUUUCCAUAUCUUAGUUCUGUUCAUUAAUUUCAUACUUGUAUCUUUUACAACACUUAAAAUGUUACAGACCUGGUUGGACAAUUCUGGCAUAUAUUUGCGAUUGGCGAUCUCUGCCCGGUCAUCUAAUUAUUGCCUUGGCAACUUGAUGUACUUUUAGUGUACCACUGGUGGUUACACAGGUGUACAGUAGUAUUUACGUACAUUGUGUCCCUUGUGUACAGACGUUUAUAAGAUUGUGUACAUAUAGUUGUAAUUAAUGUUGUUCACGAGGUUAAAAAUAUGUCCUAUAGGUCAACCUAAAGGUUUGACUUUAGGAAGUGGGGGGGUCACAUAGAUGCAUAUAAUUAGUACAGAUUAUUGGGUCUCGCAGACUUAUUAUCAAUUAUGUGGAUGUUUCAGAUAUUUUUUUGAGGGAAUUUAGAAUUUUAUUUUCAAAUUUUAUUGUGAAUGGAAUUUUAAGUUAAACAAUUAAAAAAUUGAGGUAAAAGUUUUAUGCAUUGUUUGAAACGGAAGUAAGCCUUGAUCAGUAAUAAUCAAUCGGUUGAUAAAAUAAUUGAAUAAUUUACAUGAAUAACCAUUUUUAUUGUAUUAGGCCAUAAAAUAAAUUUUGAUGCUUGUAAUCAUGGUAACAAUGUCUGAAUCAUUCUGUCCCAACAUUGCACUAGUCCAUACAUUUCUACCUGUACCAGUUACCAGAUCAGUUGUGAUAGUCUGGCUACUUUAUCAUACAUCACAUGUACAGUAGCAAAUGUGUUUGGUUGUAAAGUUACAUUUAGAAAUGCAUCUAAUUCAUUAAUUGUGCACUAAAUUCAAAUUUCCUAGUAACAUAUUUUAUUUAUCUAGACCACCAGUUUUAUUUCAAAAAUGAAAAAAAAAAGCAUCGUUUUUUUUUUUUUUAAAUGUAAUUUGACUGAUCAUGUAUUAAUGAUACAGUAUAAAGCACCUAAUUCCAAUCCUUGGUCAGUAAAAUAUUAAAAUGACACAGAAAUCAUCUACAAGAACAUUUUAGAAAUCUUGGUCUUGUCAUGAAAGGCUCUGAUUUGAAAAGUCAAGACUCGACAUUUUACUAAGCAUAUUUUACACAUGAUGUGUUAAAAGUCAUAUCUAUUGUCCUAAUAUUUUUGCUUGUUAUUUAGGGGAUACGUCAAUCUCAAACCAUAGAUAGUAGUACUCUCUAACUACAUAAUUUUAGAUAUAAGUGUUAAUCAGAAUAAAAAGUGUCAUUGUGAUCUAAAAUUGCAAUAAAUAGACUUCGAUUUAAGAUGGGAAUUAAAUUGCCUUUUAUUUCAACUGUUAAGGUAAUGCUUUUGAAAUCUCUAAUGGUAAAAGAAUUUUUGAAAGCAAAUGAAUUAUUUAUUGGUGUGUGUCUGUGCAAGCUACAGACGAAGUAUAUAUAUAUCUUUUUUAACAAUCAUAUUUUUUUCAUCCUAUAUUAUUUUAUUAUAAUUAACAAAACCGUCCAGUUUUUUUGUUGCUGAGCAACCUAAUUUACCAUUUAUAACAGAAGCCGUCCAUUUUUUAAAAAUCACAUGUGAUUUUAAUGGCAUAUACAUUUAAACUGUUGAUAGUUUUUUACUUGGAUUAUUGUUGAGUGCCGACAGAAGGCGAAAUGCUAGGAGGAUGAUGUUCCCUAGUUGUCAGGUAUUCAUGUUACAAGUGCUGUCAUCUUCAUGCAUUAGUGAUCAGUCCGAUCUGUAGGUGUUAACAUACAAUAAACUUUAUUAUUUAAACUGUA